AUGAUUAUCUUGGGCUCUUUUACGAUCUGGCUCAUGAAUGACCAGAAAAAGCAGCGCUUCUUCUUGCAACUCCAGCGCCCCCGCCGCUGCCGGGAAGAAAGCUUGUCCGGGACCGCCGGCCUCGCCGUGGGCCAGGACUUCUUCUUGCUGCCGCCUCCGUCCGCCGAGAGGCGCGCCGAGUCUCCAGGCGGGAGCGAAGGCUUCGCCCGCUCGGCUCCGGGGCUGCAUCCCCGCGCCGCACGUGGCCACGUGCUCCGGGCGAAGAGGAGAGGAGAGGAGCGAGGGGGCGGCGCUUGCUUGGCACUCGGCUCGGCUCGCCCAGCGCGCCGCUCCAUCCAUCUCGCGGCGGGCGCCCGGGCCAGGUCUGCACCAGACGCGCUGCCUCCUGCCGGUCCCGGGAGUGGGAGACGCGGGCCCCAGCGACCCGGAGCUCGGAGGAGGGUCCGCGUGGGGCUGGGCUGGGCUGGGCUCCGCCCGCCCGCCGCCCGCCGCCCGCGCGUUCUCUCGCUCGCUGCCCGCCCGGCUGCGGGGCGCUGUUGA